GCCGACGAUUUCGCCGUCGUCAACCUUCAGGCACCCACUCUGAUCUGGUCAACGCGAGACCGACCUCGUCAAGCAAGAUGCCAUGUCCGAUAUGUCUCGAUUUCCGAGGAACAUCCCCGCUCACGCCCCGGGGAUCAGGCUUUGUUGGCAAGCGGCACCACGUUAAAGAGGGGCUUACUUGGCCUCAGCUGGAGGCGUCAGCAGCGGGGCCGGCACCGUGUCACUGCUGCGAAGUCCUGGUGCGAGGGUGCCGCGGAUGCUUUGAGCAGCACGGGAUCAGCACUGACGAUAUCGUGACGUUCACUGUCCACUUCUACUAUCAGGCCUUUGAGGGUCAAGAUGAGGCGGAGAGUGCAGACAUGGACAAGGAGUUGAGGUUCAGGCGGAAGAAUGGCAAGGUCUUUGAGAUACAGCUCUUCGCUCACGAGGAAGAUGGCUAUCCAAUCCCUGAUGCCUGGGAGUCAAUCCCCGUCUACGGGCAAACGUCACCCAAUACAGGCUCAGCAGAAGCUCUCGACAAAGCCAAAGACUGGCUCGACGAGUGCAUAGAGGACGACGACUGCGCCGCCAACACAGACACGCCAUUUCCAUCUCGCCUGGUCGACGUCGGCCUGAACGACGGCGUCGUCCGCCUUGUCGAGACCAAGGGCCAACACGGACGAUACAUUUGCCUCAGCCACUGCUGGGGUCUGGCGCAGAUCAUCACCACGACCAUCGCAACAUACGAGCAGCGCAGGAAGCUCAUCUCUCUGGACGAGCUAUCACAAACCUUCCGUGAUGCAGUGCUGCUCACCCGCCAGCUCGGCGUGGCAUACAUCUGGAUCGACUCACUGUGCAUCAUCCAGGACAGCCUGGCGGACUGGCAGAUCGAGUCCGCGCAGAUGGCAUCUAUUUACAGCAACGGAUACCUGACCCUGGCCGCGACGAAAUCCUCCAGCGGCGCCGGUGGUUUCUACACCGACACCCCGACGACCGAGAUAUCCGGGGCCACCCCGGACGGGGAGGAUUACAGCCUGUUCUUCCGGCAGCGCAUCGACCACCACCUCGAAGCUGUCAAAGCUGGCACCGAGGACAAUCCCAACAAUCCCACCACCGCCACUACCGCCACCACUGCGCUUCAGAGCAGCGUGCUGGGCGAGCCGGGCGUUGGCGUCGUCGAGCCGUGGCAUUUCACCGGGCACGCGACGGUUGAGCACCACCCGCUGCUGACCCGGGCGUGGGUGUACCAGGAGCGCCUGCUGUCGAAGCGGCUGCUGCACUUUGGCCCUUACGAGCUCUUCUUCGAGUGCGAGGCCGAUACGCGCUGCGAGUGCGGGCAGAUCCGGUACCACGGGUCCUCAAGGAGCUCGCCGGCCUCGGCGAUGAAGCUGCUGUACGCCGACGCGCUGUUUAGCCUGUACGAUGAUGAGCCGAGGGGUGGCGACGGCGGCAUCAGCAGCGGUGGCGAUGCAGAAAUGAGUAGGAGCGAGACCGGCGGUGUCGAGAAGGACCCGGCGGUUGUUGAUCGGGAGCAGGAGAUGCGGCGCUGGGCCAGCAAGAACCAGGAGUACAUCGCCCGCACGUGGCGGACCAUGAUCAGCACUUACACGGCGCUGGACAUCACCAAGGCGUCGGAUCGGCUGCCCGCGAUCGGAGGUGUGGCGAGGCAAAUGGGCACGCGGCGGUUCAAGCCGCAACAAGCCGGAGCGGGGAAAGAUGCCCAGCGAGAAAGUCUGGUCAACGACGACUAUCUCGCUGGCCUGUGGCGGGCCACGAUGAACGAAGACCUCCUCUGGAUCGUGCAGCCUUCGCCGCUGAUGAAGAAGCCCCGGCCGGCCCAGCAGGUGCUGCUGCUCCCGCCAAGCACCACCGCCGCGGGUAAGACGACGACGAGCCUACGAAACACCGCGCCAACGUGGUCUUGGGCCAGCGUCGACACGCAUGCGUUCUACACGGACGGUUUUGUGUUCUGGGAGCCCGAUGUGCUGCUCGAUAACUUGCUCAGUCAGUCCUACACUCACUUUAGCUCGGUGGAGAGCUGCUCGGUUAUUUCGGCUGCGGUAGACGAGUUCGGCGCGGUUUCUGCCGGGGAGCUCAGAAUCAGGGGUCUACUUGCGAAGGGUGUUCUCGAGCGCGAGGCUGUUGAUCAGGAUGGCCAGAACGCACAACACGGCGGGGAAGAUGGACAGGUGCUAUAUCGACACUUUAUUUCAUUCGCCCGCGCUGAGGCAACCAUGGCGAGGGCGGAGAUGGAUGCUGAUUACGACCUCGAUGCCGAAGGACCAGCACGAGUGCUGCCAGGAGCAGAAGUGUAUUGUCUGCGGAUGAGCGCGGUGUUGGAAGAGUUGACAUCAACGCUGAUCUCCCUGGUGCUUAGGCGGUGUCCUUGGGAUGAGAGCAAGUUUGAGCGGGUUGGCACAUUGAGCAUCAAGGUCAAAGGCGGCAGCGUUGAUCCCUUAGGAAAUGGCAUUUACGCGGGAGUCAAGGAGGAGGAUAUCGUGAUCGUGUAGACAGACACCUACAGCCGUUCUGAUAUUAGGGUCUGUAAGAUUAUCGGGCGUUCUCUGCCUAUCAUACAAUUGCGACCCUAUCACACGCCGCACUCCGUGUCCACCACUUUGCGCGAGGCCAGCUGCACCUUGACAUCGUCGACCGCGAACUCCACCAGCGUGUUGGCGUCGAGAUCGUACUUGGGCCACGUGAAGCUGCCGUGCGAGGGGUCCUUCUUGGGAUUGCGAGCGAAUGAGAGCCAGAGGCCCUGCAUCAGGCCGGCGACAUCCCAUUCGAACUCGGUCGAGUUGCCGCGGAAUUCGUAGUGGGUGCCGAAGAGGAGCGGGAGCUCAGCUGGGGUUGUGUAAAGCGAUUAGUUCUGGGGGCUCAUGACGU